UUUUGAAAUAACUCAUGCGCGUAGGUUGCACAGGAAGUUACUACAGUCUGCUUGUUUUGAUGCCACGUUUCCGUUGCUUUCCACAUUUUAAAUUUAUUUAAAAAUACAAAGGUUUGAUAUCAUGUCGAAGGUGUCUAUGGGUAAAGUACUGCUCCGAAAUGUCAUCAGACACACAGAUGCCCAUAACAAGAUUCAAGAGGAGUCUGAGAUGUGGAAAUUGAGGGGUCUGGAGCGAAAAACCACGUCUACUCAUUUCCCAAAGCACAAGGGCCGCAUGCACUGUGACCGUUAUUUGGACGACUCGGAGGGUUCCAUGAGAGACCGGCUAGGAGACAGGAGAGAGGAGAUGUCGGAGAAAGAUGAGAGGGAGGCGCGAUACUGGACGCGAAAGCUGUAUGAGUUUGAAGCCAAUGAUCCCGACAGGUGGGGCCACAGUGGCUUUAAAGAGCUUUAUCCAGAGGAAUUUAAUUCUGAUGGAGAAAAAGACUGCAGCGAUAGUAAACACAGAAGGAAAAAACACAAGAACAAACUAGACGCUGACACAGAGAAGUCUUCCAAGAAGUCAUCUAAGAAGAAGAAAAAGAAAAAGGAGAAGAAGAAAAGGAAAACCGCUGCUUCAGGCUCUGAGACCUGCAGCGAUGCGGAGGAUGCCGCCAGGAGGAAGCAGAGGAGGAAGGGAGGUAAAAGCAAACGUAGGAAAAAGGAGCACAAAAACAAAGACAGAACUGAAGACAGCGACUCGGAGGACAGCCGUUCAGACACGAGGACGAGAACGCACAGGAAGAGAGACUGCCCCGAACCAGACACGCUGACCGAACCUCAAAGGAAAAAGAGGAAAAACUGGAAAGUGGCGAAUGAGGAGAGAUCAGAGGACAGCUCUGAUGCUUGACUGUUUGAUAUAAUUGCCCUGCUUGACUAUGCUGACUGUAAACACAUUUUUUUUAACUGUGCAUAUCAUUCAUAUUUGGGAAACUCUGAUCUUUAGUUGAGCUUUAUACCUCACCAAACAGACACUUGAUGGCUUCCAGGAGAAUUUGUCUAAUUUUUAUGAGGUUAUGUGUUUUCUAAACACUUUUAAAUAUCUUUUUUUUAUUACUUUGCAGACUGAACAAUUUUUAAUGUCAAAGAAAAAAAAAACUCAGGUAUUUUUCUGCCAUGUGUGAAACUGAAAUGAGUGAAAACUCAAAAAUGAGUUUAUAUACUUGCAUUAUGUCAUACACUCAUACUUGAACCUGCCAGUUCUGACUAUUUUAUAUAUAUAUUUGCCAAUCAGCAUUGUGUGUUCAUUGCAAAUUGAAUGAAUAGUUGUCAUAUGGCAGUUGUCCGAAAGGUGGCACUGUUGCACUAUCAGACGACAAUCUCAAAGCGAGGCCGGCUGAUUGUCUUUUAAUGACUUGUUUUGUACGGUAGCUUGUAAACACCUACAGUAAAUGGUAUUUCGCUACUGUUUACUUCCGACAUUUACGGAUAAUGGCUACUUCCCCUUGCUAAUGUGUCCGCUUUCACUGAUUCAUUUGCACUAAACUGCCAAAGGUCAAACCUUCAUGUCCUAUAAAUGUAAUUAUAUCAUUAAAGCUGACUUUAGACAGA